AUGAGCAUGGACGAGUCCCAGGCUGAACCCACGACUCACAUCGAUGACGAGUACUCGCGUGCUGGAAUUAUGGACCCAAAGAUCGUUAUUACAACGUCGAGAUCCGAGCUCGAAGUUACUGCAGAGAUGAGACUGGUCUUUCCCAACUCGACUCGAAUCAAUCGUGGUAAUUACGUUGUAAAAGAGCUGGCAGAUGCAUGUCGAGCCAACGAUGUGACGGACUUGGUUGUACUGCAUGAGCACCGAGGUGUUCCAGACGCCCUUAUUGUCUCCCACUUUCCUCACGGACCUACACUGUAUUUUUCGCUGCACAAUGUGGGAUUGCGACAUGACAUUGCGACGUACAACCAGUCAACAGUGUCGGAGCAAUACCCACAUUUGAUAUUCGAGGGGUUUAGCUCAAAGCUAGGCAAACGGGUGAUGGACGCUCUGCGGUACUUGUUCCCGGUGCCUAAACCAGAUGCAACGCGAGUAAUGACGUUUGCGAAUGAGAACGACUUCAUUUCGUUCAGGCACCAUGUGUUCGCGAAAACAUCCCACAAGGAAGUUCAACUGGCUGAAGUCGGGCCUCGGUUCGAAAUGAAACUACGAGUAAGAUCAGCUCGUGAUGUGGUGUGGGAAUAUGGGUACGUCUCGAUUGUUGAGUCGAUCGCCCCACUAGUUGGAUAUGUUCCUUCCUUUCACGGAGAGCUUGCCAUUUCGCUAAAAAGUGGGCGCUUUCCCCGCGUUGCCCUUGCCACAUCCGCCUGGAGACGCAACACCAACGGAAUAGGACAGAUCGUAGGUGAGACCCACAUCAUCAUCACAGCCUCCCGCACGCGCCGCCCUCUCAUUCUAGACCCACGAAUGGAUAUUGGUGCCCCUAUCUUCCGGGGUAUUGGUUUUGUGCGCAAUAAUGGGGCCUGCUUCGAUUCCAAUUGGCGCAAGCACUCGCUGAAUGUGUCCAUGUUUGCUUCCGGUCCCAUCGCAAGCCGCGUUAGGUACGUACUCGCUAUGCCCCAUACACUCUCCACUGUUCCUCGGUCCUCGAGAUCGGAUCUUCGCACCAUUCGGGGGCACAUGCCGCCUCAGGGCCUCGCUCAUUGGCGAUUCCCUCCCGCCCUUCUUGUCUUCAUCUGGUCUAUUUCCAUAUUCCAUUUCCCUAUUUUCUCCAUCGCACCCUCCAUCAUCUCCGCAGAUCCCCUCAUCGUCAACAUCUGCCUGGUUGCUGCGCACGGACCACCUCUAGGUAUGUCGCCACGCCACUUGAACUAUAUCCGUACUGACAACCCACCCUUCCAUAUUCGCGCUCUCAUUCACUUGCCAAACUUGGUCUUGACCUUGCCUCGCCCAAACCGUGCUAUCAAAUUAUCCUCGAUCAAGCUCCCUCCGCGAUCGCUUUUACUUUUCUUGCACAUACUUGCACCCCCACCAACACUUAGGCAAAUGUCUGCUCCUUCAACAUAUCCCCAAUCUGCCCCCGUCUCAACUGGACCUCCUCCGAACAUGGUUACGUCUCCCCGCUCUAAGCGUCCUCGUCCUCCCGAUUUGCACACUGGCACCAACUCGGGAUUGCCUGCCACCACCGGCGCCCCUGUCUCGGGUGGUCCUACUACUGGAGGUUUCCCAACUCCUUCCAGUGCCACUGGCGCCGGCGACGACGUCUUUCACCAAGAAGACGGUGAAGACGGUGAAGAUGAUGAUGAUGACGAUGGUGGUCCACGCAAAGGUACCGAGAAGAAGGCAGGCCGUCGCAAGAUCAAGAUUGAAUUUAUUCAAGACAAGAGCCGAAGGCAUAUUACUUUCUCCAAGCGAAAGGCUGGUAUCAUGAAGAAGGCAUACGAGUUGUCAACGCUCACGGGUACGCAAGUGCUGCUGCUCGUUGUAUCAGAAACCGGACUUGUCUAUACGUUUACUACCGCAAAACUUCAGCCUCUGGUCACCCAACCAGAGGGUAAGAAUUUAAUUCAAGCCUGUCUCAAUGCUCCCAAUGGUACUCUGCCGGGUGGGGCGUCUGCUGCCGCGCCUGGUAUGCCCCCGCCACCACCAACGGGGCGCCAACGCCCUACAGCAAUGUCACUCGGCAUGACCGGAGCUGCCUCUCCGAAUAACGAUGCUGAGGGGGAAGAUGACGGCGAAGGAAGUGGCGACAGUCCCAACAUGGGCUCUGCCAAGGGCCGCAGACGUCGUCGUACCAACAGCAGCAGUGGUGCGGUUCCCGGAGGCAAUAUGGCUAAGAGCAUUCCGAGCCCAUCAGACAGUAUGCCCUCUACGUCUCCUACUCUGAGCAUGCAGCAAGCUCACGGUGGCGUAUCCGGAGCGGGAGCUGCGUAUGGCUCACAUCCCACUCAUUCCCCGACCUUGCCUCAUCACCAUCACGGACAGCAUCAUCUCGACCAACCCGGCAUGUAUGGUUACCCUCGCGAAGGGGGUGCUUCUGCCAAUAUGAUGCCCGGGUACCAUCACGGCCAAUAUAGCGGUCUAAACGCUGGCGGUAUGCCCUCGGGUAUGAGUGCUGGCUCAGUGCCUGGUGCUCCCAUUGGCCAAGCGGGGUCCCAGCCUCCUCAACAAUCACAAAUGUGGAUGCAACAAGGCAACAUGCCGCGUCGGUGA